AUGUCGAAAAAUAACGACAAAAAAAACCUUUCUACCCAUUUUAUGGCUGGCGGUGGCGCAGGCCUUACGGAAGCGCUAUGCUGUCACCCUUUAGAUACUAUAAAAGUGAGAAUGCAGUUGAGCAAAAAGGCUACAAGGUCUGGCUUUUUUGAAGUUGCCAUUAAUAUAAUGAGGAAAGAAAAACCAUUAGCAUUAUACAAAGGUCUUGGUGCAGUGGUAACUGGGAUAGUACCAAAGAUGGCCAUUCGUUUCUCGAGUUUUGAAUUGUACAAAAGUUGGUUGGCUGAUAAAACUACUGGCAAAGUCUCAACAACGGCUACAUUCUUUGCCGGACUUGGUGCAGGUAGCACGGAGGCUGUCCUUGUUGUAACUCCGAUGGAUGUGAUUAAGAUCCGUUUACAAGCGCAACGUCAUUCAAUGGCUGAUCCAUUGGAUAUUCCAAAAUAUCGUAAUGCAGCACACGCUGCGUACACUAUCGUAAGAGAAGAAGGAGUUCGAGCGUUGUAUAAAGGAGUAAUGCUGACUGCACUUAGGCAAGCUACAAAUCAAGCUGUUAAUUUUACCGUGUAUCAAGAAAUGAAACAGCAUAUGAAAAAGUUUCAAGGAACCAAAGAUGGUCAAGAACUGCCAACCUAUCAGCAUUUGUUGAUGGGUGGCAUUAGUGGAGCUAUGGGUCCGAUUGCCAAUGCGCCUAUUGACACUAUAAAGACGCGAAUUCAGAGAUCGGCCAGCACUGAAAGGGGGUGGUCUAAGGUUGUGUCAGUAACAACGAACCUCGUCAAAAACGAAGGAUUUUUGGCCUUAUAUAAAGGAUUAUUUCCCCGUUUAAUGCGCGUAGGUGUAGGUCAGGCUGUUACCUUUGCUGCUUACGAGCGUAUCAAAAUUUACAUGGAGAUAUUAUCUCAGAAAGGAUGGUUUGCGAAAAUACCGGAAUAG